AUGGUCGUACGAGACGAUGUCAUUUUGAUCUUCGACCUCACAUCGACCCUCCUGCGGGCGGGCGUGGGCGUGCACGACCUGAUUAGGGGACCGCUCGUCGAGCUCCCAACGCGCGUCGGGCGGAUGGCUGGCAAAGCCGGGACGCGGGUCGAGGACUUUCUCGUCGGCGCACAACUCGCAGCGGCAGAGGCAGUCACGGCAGCGGGAGGAGUGCAGGAUUUCGACAUCAUCGACCCGAUCCGGAUCGACGAGAGAACGGGCUUCGAGGUGACGGACUGGACGGCGCUCGAGGCAGUUUUCCGCUACGCCAUGCACACCUCGAUGCAGCUGCAACGACCACCCCUCGCUCAUCCUACCGUUCUCUGCAUCCCUCCCUCUCUGCCCCAAGCGACAGUUGACGACCUUCAUCGCCUCCUCUUCGAACGCCUGCUCAUCCCUCAGCUCCUCGUUUCCUCCCGACCCUUCUUCGCAGCCGGAGCAGCCGGCGUCCUGUCAUGCGUGGUCAUCGAUGUCGGCUACCGAGGCGAAGGGACGGAGAUCACGGCUGUACACGAGAACCAGGUUCUCGAAGCGCCUUCAGGGAUGCGAAACCCUUUCAUCGACGAAGGCGCAUGCGACGACUACUGCGCGCUCCAGCUGCUCGAGGCGGAUUCGACGAUUGCGGACCAGUUCAAGGCGGCGAAGGGUGCGGACGCGGAGUUGUCGACUGGCGAGCUCGUCAACGGUUUGCGGCGGAUCGUGCACGACCUCAAAGUGCAGGACAAGAUUGCGUUUCAGUCGCCUUUCCUGAGCAAGGAAAUUGCGGAGGCGGCGGCGUUGCAGGCGGCUGCUAUGGGCGUCGAGGUAGCGGAUGAGGGAACGUUCGAUGUUGCAAAGGUGGUCGUGGAGGGCAAGGUCAGCGAAGUCGUGCAGAACAAGGGGAAGGGCAAGGAUGGCGAGGAGGAAGAGGGCGACUUUGUCCGCGUGCCGAACCCCUUUCACACGGCGCAACCUGGGGCUGGCCAGAUCGACCUCACCACCGACUCUUCACCGAAAGCGACCAUCCGCAUCGGUCCCGCACGGCACCGCUACCUCGAACCGCUCUUCUUCCCCCCUCUCCUCGCUUCACUCGCUCCUUCGGCCUCAUCAACCGCCGCACGACUUGGCAUGUCGCAGUACGAACGAUUUGCGACAUCAGAGGGGAAGGCGCUGCUGGGCCAGGCGGGCGUACACGAGAUGGUUGGCGUCGUGCUGAGCGACGUGCCGGAGGGCGACGUACGGACGACGGUCAGCGAGGCAGUGGUCGUUGUCAGCAGCGGGAGGGUGGCGAACAACCGAUCACUCGGCGCAACUCUCGUCCCCCUCCUCUCACCCUUCCGGUCCGACGCCUCCGCCGCGCCUUACGACCCUGAAGGACCACCCUUUAACCGCGCGACACGAUACGCGCGGACGCCCGACUACUUCGCCAAUUUUAAGGACCGGGCGGGAGAUUGGGCAUGCUAUCUGGGCGGGUGCAUCAUGGGGAAGCUACUCUUGGGAGACACGCAGUCGAAGCUGUUCACCACAAAAGCUGAUUACGCCAUGCGCGGCCCAUCUUACUACCGACGACUCGACACGAUCUAG